AUGACAGUUUCUGUUCUUAAUACAAGUAAUUUUGACAGGUGGUCAACUUUUUAUGAUGAGCACACCGCGUCUCUUUUAAACGGCUGGGAAAUGAGUGCUUUAACCGUCAUUCUAAUUGAUGGAACGGCCGUUGCUAUCCUUGUUCUAAAAUUGAAACUUUUGAAAGUGUUUGCUCCUCUGCCAACAUUAACACCCAAUGCCGCCAAAGAAAUCACUACCAAUUUUAUUAAAGACUUUGCCCAUGAAAAUAGCUUUGAGACACUAAUCGUCAACGUCAAAAGAACAAUUGCAAAUACAAAUGCCCUUAUUAUACUAACACGAUCUAAAGACAGCGACACUCUCUUUUCCCCGGUAAUUAUACACACAAACUCUGUGUUCGGUGAUGAAUACAUGUGUCAAAUGAAAUGA